AUGUCUAACCCAAUUAUUUAUGAUAUUUCAAACAUUCAAAAUGUUUUAGUCAACUUGUCUUUGGAGGGAAUUAAGAUGCUUCCUUUUAAAGUAGUCAUACCUGUAAAAGCUAGUGAAUGGAGACGUUGUCUUGACCAAAGCAAUACUCUUUGUUCAACAAAAUGGAAUAAAAAAAGACAUCUUGAUUCAAAAGAAUAUAUUUUUGGAGAAACACGUCAGUGUCAUCGUGCAGUCAUAUAUAUAUCAGAGCGAGAUUCAUGCCCUGCACAAAAAGAAUCAAAGGCAUGUGAAUGUAAUGGAGCUUUGAAAAUAAAGCAGUUCAAAAAGUCUCCUACUAUUAUUACAUUCUGUAUGACAAGGGACCAUAACAAUCAUGUUCCUGGAGACAGAUCAGAGAUUAGAACUUUGCUCUUGCCUUUUGAAGCUAUUAAGUUGAUUGAAGAUCAACUGAGAAGUGGAAGCAGCUGUAGAAGCACAAGAAUAUCUGUCCUUCGACAGAUUGACAGCUGGGGUGUUGGUGUUAGAAAGCCAAAUUACGAAGAGAUAUACAAUAGAAUAAAGAAGAUGACAAAUUUGUUGUAUAUGUUCAACUCUGAUGAGAAGACAUCUAUUGCUAUCUGGAUGAAUGAGAAAUUGCCAGAAAGAAAUUAUUGCAUUUUUACCAGAGACCUUUGUGUUAAUAACAUUGAAAGCAAUCUUUUUGCCUUUGGCUUUCAAUUGCCUGCCCAAGUGAGAGUUAUGAGAAUAGCUACAUCAUUCUGCCUUGAUGCUACUCAUGGCAUAUCAGCAAGAAGUGGAGAGGUCAUGUACUCUUUAGUGACUCAAUACAAGCAAACAAACCUCGACAACAAAGUAAGACUUGAUGCAUCAUUUACAUCAGGCCAGCUGGCAGCAUACAAGCAGGAGUUAAAGAACAAGCUGAAGUAUAUCUUGAUGGAGUCAAACGAAGAAGUAUUUUUGAUAAGAAUCCUUGACUUCAAAUGCGAUAUACCCGACCAGUUACACUUCUUGAGAUACUUCGAAAUACGAUGGAAUGGAAGCAAAGUAUUGCUUAAAAGAUGGGGGCGCCCUUAUGUUGAUGACUCACAUAGAAGAUAUUUGACAAAUAACUACAUCGAGUCAUGGCAUAACCAGCUCAAGACCAUCUACUUUGGCUGUGCUAGAAUCAGAAGACUGAAUCGCCUUGUGUUUGACCUUACAAACGAUGUAGAGUAUUUCUAUGAACAAGAAGUGGAUUGUAUUCACUUAAACAAUGGAAAGAUGGGACUGACAAUUCAAAGAGAUGUCAAUCACUUGGCAAUGCAAAGACCAGCAGUGUUAGCUGAAGAAGAAGAAGUUGUGAUUGUUGACAAAGAAGACGGUAGAGAAGAUGUUGUAGGUGCUCAAAAUGAUGUUGAUACGUCUACUACAGACCUUAUCACUCACACCUCCUUACUUCAUCAUCAAAGUCUCGAUCUUGAACAUGCAAACGAUUUCUGA